CGGAGGCUCCAGGUGACCCAACACUGACCUGUCCGACCGGCAGCCGCUGCACCGACUCCACAGCCCGGCUCUGCUGUCCAGCUGAAGUGGAAUAAACUCGGAGCCCACAGACCCGAACCAGGACCCGGACCCGGACCCGGACCCGGACCCGGACACAGACCAGGACUCAGACCUCAGCUCGUCAGCCACACGGUGAUGUGACCGGCUGCUUCGUCCUUCUUCCCUUCUUUCUCUCCACACGUCAGUGAAGAUCAAUCAGAGAUGACGGCAGGAGGAGUGAGGACCAGAGGAGUGGAGUCUCCUCAGAUACUGAUGCUGUGUCUCCUCCCGCUGCUGUGGCUGCAGCCUGCAGACGCCAUCACCGCUCAGGAUGCCAAAGCCUGGAGCCAGACUGGGCCACGGCUGCAGCUCUCCCACUCAGACCUGAGGAACAGCUCGGCUGUCUACUGGAAGGGCGGGGUCAGCGGGGGGUACCAGGCCCUGCUGCUGGACGAGGAUCAAGGCUGGCUGCUGGUGGGGGGUAAAGACCACAUCUACCUGCUGAGGCCUGACAGCCUGGACCUGCCCACGCGUACGGUGCACUGGCCGGCUGCAAGGGAGCAUGUGGAGCACUGCAGGCAGGCGGGAAAAAGUCUGGAGACGGACUGCGCUAACUUCGUGCGGCUGCUGCAGCCCUUCAAUAAGACCCACGUCUACGUCUGCGGCACCGGCGCCUUCCACCCACAGUGCACAUACCUGCACUUAGGACACAGCAACGAGGGCCCAUUCUUCUUGUUGUCUCACAUCGUGGAGUCGGGCAGAGGAAAAUGUCCCUUCAGUCCCAGAGAGCCCUUCACUGCUCGACUGACUGACGGGGAACUCUACGCAGGAACCUCCGUGGACUUCAUGGGAGCCAACGCUGCGAUCUUCCGUACGACCAUCCAGGGCAGCAGCCAACAUUACAUCCGCACCGAGGCCUACGACCAGAACUGGCUGAACGAGCCGGAGUUCGUGGGCUCCUUCUCCAUCCCCGACACUCACAGUCCCGACGACGACAAGGUUUACUUCUUCUUCAAGGAGAGGGCGGUGGAGGCGGGACAGUGGGACAAGAGGGUGUACAGUCGCGUGGCUCGAGUCUGCAAGAACGACGUCGGGGGGAAGAGGAGUCUGAUCAACCGCUGGACGACCUUCCUCAAAGCGCGGCUGGUCUGUUCUGUCCCCGGACCGUCCGGAGUCGACACGCAGUUCGAUGAGCUAGAGGACAUCUUCGUCCUGGAGACCAAGGACCCUCAGAAUCCCACCAUUUAUGGCGUCUUCAGCACCUCCAGCUCUAUAUUCCGCGGUUCGGCGGUGUGCGUCUACUCCAUGGCGUCCAUCCGUGCGGCUUUCAACGGGCCGUUUGCCCACAAAGAAGGUCCUGACUAUCGCUGGGUGGAGUACAAAGGCCGGAUCCCCUACCCGAGACCUGGAGCUUGUCCCAGCGAGACCUACGACGCUCUGCACAAGUCCACCAAAGACUUCCCGGACGAGGUGGUGAGCUUCAUGCGGCAGCACCAGCUGAUGUGGGAGCCGGUGCUGCCUCUGGGCGGCAGACCCGUUAUCACCCGCAUCAACGCGCCCUACAUGUUGAAGAGGGUGGUGGUGGACAGAGUGGACGCUGAGGAGGGACCGUACGACGUCUUACACCUGGGCACAGACGAUGGGAAGGUGGUGAAGGCGGUGUCGGUCAGCAAAGACAACUGGGACACGGAGGAGAUCAUUCUAGAGGAACUGACCGUCUUCCAGAGUCCUUCGCCCGUCCUGAGCAUGGAGCUGUCGACCAAGAGACAACAGCUGUACGUGUCCAGCGAGCUCGGCGUGGUCCAGCUGGGGCUCCAGAGGUGCGAGUUAUACGGGACCGACUGCGCUGAGUGCUGCCUCGCCAGAGACCCCUACUGCUCCUGGGACGGACAGACCUGCUCCAGAUACUUCCCCACCAGCAAGAGGCGGGCACGCAGACAGGAUAUAAAAUACGGAGACCCCUGGAGCCAGUGCCCACUCACAGAGGACGACUCGGAGUCUGUGGAGGUGAAGCUGGUGUACGGUGUGGAGGGAAACUCCACCUUCCUGGAGUGUGUUCCUCGGUCGUCUCAGGCCGAGCUCAGGUGGACGACGCAGCGCACAGAGCACCAGCAGCAGCAGCAGCAGCAGCAGCAGCAGCAGACGCUCAGUCAGACGCAUGAAAGCAGAGAGCUCCCUCCGAGCGAUGACGGCCGCACGCUCCACAUGAAGCGGGGGUUGCUGGUUCAACGCCUGGAGCAGGCUGACGCGGGCCUCUACACCUGCACCAGCCACGAGCACUCCUACAGCCAGGUCCUGGCCCGGUACCGCGUCCACAUCAUCCCCAACCACAGCCUCCACCCGACCCGCUACCAGCAGCACCACGCCCCAAACCACGGGAGGACCGGCCCGGCCGGAGCGGCGGUCUCCGGGUUUCUCGGCCAGUCUGGGCCCCCUCAUCCGCCACCUCAGGUGCCGGGACACAGGAACUCGUGGCUGCCCCCCCAGCAUCCGCAGCAGCUCCCUGUGAAGAGCUACAAGGACCUGCACAUGGUGGGGACCAACAGCCUGAGCGUGGACGACUACUGCGAGCAGCUGUGGUACCGCGAGAAACGCCGGCAGCAGAAGCUCCGCGCUCUGAAGCUGAAGCAGGAGAGCAGGAAAGCCCGGGUGAGGAGGAACAACCCCCCCGAGACCCCCCUCUAGUCACCUGGACAACACAGACACUGUCUACGGACAACGCAUCCUGCACGUGCAGAGGUUACAUCAAGGAUGUUUGCUUUUUGAGCAAAUGAUGUCAACCAGUAAAGUAAUAUUCAACAAAGAGAAUAGUAUAUCCUGAAUAGUUUGACAUUUAGACACUACAAAAAAAUAGAAAUAGCAAAGUAGAAAAAAAAAGUUGUUUGUCUCUGAAUUUAUCUUGUUAGAAAGUUCGUCAGUUUGGAACGUAGGACAGUAGAGCUCUGAGCUUCAGCUACAAUUGAAAAUCUUAUUUUUCCAAGUCAAAGUUUGGAAGAAAUCCAGCCCCACAUGACGCCAUCAGGUGUCUGAAUCCCUUUAGAACGAGUCACGUAUUAUUGGUGUGUAACACAGUUGAUCCUGUAUAUUUAAUGCAGACAGUUUACAAGACAACACACUGUAUCGUCCGGUCACGUCAGCACAAACAGAGAGACACGGUGAAAAGGGAAAAGAUGCAUGUGGUCGUGUUUUGUUUGCAGGCGUCUAAAUAUACAUUUAUAUUUGUUGUUUUUUUUCUAAAAAUAUCCAGCAGGAUGAUUGUCUGGCUGCUAACAUCAAAAACCAACUGAUCUGAGUUUUAAAAACCUGUUUUAUUACUUUGCUUCUUACUGCAAGUGAUGGGAUCCUACAUAAAAACAACAGCUUCUUCCAAAUAUACAACUUUUUUUUGUGUUUUAUUCUGAGCUCUUCUCCCUGGUUUGAAGUGGAUGAAGUGAAU